AUGUUGGCCAGUCUCUACUUGAUCGUCUACUUCCAGCAUCCAGACGAUAAGAAUGUGGCAUACUUCCCGAAGGUAGUGGUAAUACUCGGGUUUGCAUUGGCAGCGGUCAGUGUGCUGAUGCUACCGCUCGACGUGGCCAAUCUGACGACGAACGGUGGCUUCCCCAUGGAGACGAUGUGGAUCGUGGUCUACAUCGUCAUUGCGGUGUUUGCUAUCGUCAUCGUGCCAUUCGCCAUGUUCUUCUACGAGUCAGAGGAGGCCGACGGCAGCGGCAACCAGUUCACUGGCGCCAUCAAGGGCACGUUCGCCAUCCUCUUCCUCUUUGUGGCCAUCGUCGUCAUCCUUUGGUUCCUCAUUGGUAUUGCCGACAUCCCAACCAUCGUCGUCACAAACUCGCUCACCACCACCACGCCAGCCUACUUCACCAGCGAGUCGGCUAGGAAGUGGUCGCAAGAGUUCCCAGAGGGUGAGCCAUUCGAGGCGGCCUACUGGUCCCCUCUGUCGUGGACCAACAUGAGGAAGGAGUAUCGUUCGCUCACCGAGUUCCUCUCGUUCCGUGUGUCGAUCCCCCUGUUCAUCAUCACGAUUGUCUCAUUCUUUGGCUGGUUCCUCUUUGUGAUCUUUGGAGGCAUCGGCAUUGCCGCACUGCCAAUGGACAUGAUUGGCGACUUUAAGAACCGUCCGCAGCGCAUUCCCUACGACAAGUACUUGGAGCGCAAGACCAAGAUCGGUGACCGUGCCACCGAGCUCGUCGCCAUCGGCAAGGAGAUCCAGUCCAAGCUUUCUGGUGGCAUCAUGGGCAGGAAGGACCGUCGCAACUACAACCGUUUCAGAGCGGCCGUCUUCUUGUUGGAGGAGGACUACGAGAUCCUCAAGAUCUCCUACCAGCGCCAGGGAGGCAAGGUCAUCUUCUACUACGCCCAGUUCUUCCUGGGCUUCAUCGCCGCCGCCCUCUCACUCACAUGGCUCAUGCAGAACAUCCUCUUCAUGUGGACGCAGCCCGAGCCCUUCUUCCCAUUCCUCAACCUGCUGCUCAUCUCGCUGGACAAUGCCUGGGGCUUCCUCGGCACCAUCACCUAUGGUAUCUACUCGUUCUACCUGCUGUUCUGUGUGCUCAAGGGCAACUUCAAGUUUGGCCUUCGUCUCUUCUUCCUCUUCCCCAUUCAUCCAAUGAAGGUUGGAGGUACAAUGAUGAAUGCAUUCCUAUUCAACGUCGGCCUGAUCCUCAUCUGCUGUGUCAGUAUUACACAGUUUGCAACAAUGGGAUUCUCUGGCUACGCCAACGCCACUGCCAUCAACACAAUGUUCAACACUGCAGUGCGUAACAUUAGAGUGUUGAAGUGGUUCUGGGUCAUCUAUAUCAUUGCCUUCUUCUGCAUGGCCGUGUUGACUGCCAUCUUCCUGUUGGUCAAGCCAAAGGAUAAGCCCAAGAAGAUUAAGUUGAGUAAACCAUGUCCACCUGACCAUGGUCUAAGAUAA